AUGAGGAAGUGGCUCUGUCAGGCAGUGUGAGUGAGUGAGCGACAGUCGCUCCAUCUCUCACUCUCACUCUCUCCUCCGUUCAUUCGGGCCUGUUAGCUGAAGCGGAUGAAGGCGAGAUGAGUGGCAGAGUCGGAGACCUCAGCCCCAAACAGGCCGAGGCUUUAGCGCAGUUUCGUGAGAAGAUACAAGAUGUUCUGCCACAGUGUCCUUCUCAGAGUGACCACUUCUUACUGCGCUGGCUUAGAGCCAGAAAUUUCAAUGUGCAGAAAGCUGAAGCAAUGCUACGAAAGCAUUUGGAGUUCCGGAAACACAUGAAGGCUGACACUAUCAUUACUGACUGGAAGCCUCCUGAGGUUUUAGAGAAGUACUUUUCUGGAGGCAUGUGUGGCUAUGACCGAGAGGGCAGCCCUGUGUGGUAUGAUGUCAUCGGACCGGUGGAUCCCAAAGGUCUGCUGCUGUCUGCCUCUAAGCAGGACUUCAUCAAGUGUAAAGUUCGAGACUGCGAGAUGCUGCAGAAAGAGUGUGACUUACAGAGCGUCCGGUUGGGAAAAAAUGUGGAGUCCAUAACAAUGAUCUAUGACUGUGAGGAUUUGGGCCUGAAGCAUUUAUGGAAGCCUGCUAUAGAACUGUAUGGAGAGGUCCUGACCAUGUUUGAGGACAACUAUCCUGAAGGACUAAAGAGGUUAUUUGUAAUAAAAGCACCCAAACUGUUUCCUGUGGCCUACAAUCUGGUGAAGCAUUUUCUGAGCGAAGAGACUAGACGCAAGGUCAUGGUUCUGGGAUCGAAUUGGCAGGAAGUGUUACGGAAACAUAUCGACCCUGAGGAGCUCCCAGCCAUAUAUGGGGGAAAACUGACCGACCCCAACGGAGACCCCCGCUGCAGAACCAGGAUUCAGCAAGGAGGGCAGGUGCCCCAGUCUUACUAUGCGCGGGAGUUUAUCAAGGUGCAGUAUGACCAGAGCGUGUCCAUCAGCCGCGGCUCCUCCCACCAGCUGGAGUAUGAGAUCCUGGCACCGGGCUGCGUGCUCAGGUGGCAGUUCUGCUCUGAGGGAGCAGAUAUUGGCUUUGGAGUCUUCUUGAAGAAGAAGCUGGGGGAGUGGAUGAAGGCAGGUCAGAUGCAGGAGGUCGUGCCCAGCCAGCGCUACAAUGCACACCUGGUACCUGAGGAUGGAUCCCUCACCUGCACAGAACCAGGAGUGUAUGUCCUGCGAUUUGACAACACAUAUAGCAUCUUUCAGUCCAAAAAAGUCAGCUUCACUGUGGAGGUCCUCUUGCCCAGUAAUGACAGCCAAUCAGAGCCUGGGAUGAGCAAAGCGUCAGAACAGAAAGCCCCCAGCAGCCAAUAAGAUGCGGCUGUGGAACUGUUGGUUUAGAGAAUGAGACUAUUACUGCAAAGCAAACCAGCACUUGAUGUAGCGUGUCUUGCACAUGACAUUACAUGAAAAGGGUUUUGGAGCUGUAAUUACUACAAAGUGGAUAAAGUAACGAAAACGUUGCUUUUGGGCAGAGAAUACGCCUGUGUUGACGUCAUUUCUUCUAAAUCCUGUCUAAAUGAAAAUUUGCACAAGCUUAAAAAGUAAUGACAGCAUAAUUGUCCUACUAAUACAUUCCAGAGUCCAGAUCAUCAACUUUUUUUGUGCAUGUGAACAUGAAAUAUAUUUAGAACUACUCCUGACCAUGAUUAUACAGAAAUAGAAAAGUAUAAUCGCAAGUAAACCCAUUAUGAAAUGCACAAACUCCCAGUAAGUAUCUGCUGUUUCUGUUCCUGAUUGGUGACUAUUGUACCAAAACCAUGAAGGGUAAGAUAAAAAAUGAAAGUGUAUUCCUGUGUCUAACUUCCACUCAUCCCUUGUGAUUUUUUCCCACUACUGUGGUGCACCAGAUGGUUAACGUAUGGGGAAAUGAAAUAAUUCAUCAUUAUAUUCUUCUGUUGUUCCAUUAAUACAAUGGGCCAGAGCUCCUAGCUGAAGUUUUAGAGUUGUAUUCAACAUGGACAUAGUGCCAUUUACUAAAAACCACUACAUUCCACCAAGUCUUUAAUAUACACUAUGUACUCCAUAGGAACAAUCUAAAGAAGUGUCAGGUUUUAUCCCCAUACAUAAUACUACCUGGAAAAGAACGUUUAGAAAUAGAGGUGCGGGUGGAGAUUAGGAUUCCCGAAGCUCAUUCCAGUUUCCUUAAUCAGAAAGAAAAAUCAAGGUUUAAAUACCAGAAGAGGAGAUCACAGGUUGACUCAGCAUGACAGUAUAACUGUUGACAACAGGAGUACUUGUUUACCCACGUACUGGGACACAAAGUGGUCCAAGGAGAUUCUUUAUUUUAUUUUAUUUUGUUUUAUUUUUUAGUUAGUCAUUUUUUAUAUUUGCCCUUUCCUCUUGCCCAGUUUUUCCACGUUAAAUGAACAGGAACAAAGUAACAUUUGCAUUUUUUUAACCCAUCCCUACAGAUGGGUGCAUCAUGGUGAGCGUCAGGCCAUCCAAAGCUGCCAAAAUUACUAGAGGACUGCAGUGUGAAUGAACUCUAGCAAAAUAUUGCCUUUUAUUUAUUUUAUGGUUCGAAACGCACAGUUAAUAAUUUUCUAUGUACUUACUGUUUUAAUCAGACCUUUUUAAAGUUUAAUUUAUAACUACUUAAGGCUGUUUUUUCCUUCAGGAUAGUUAACAAAGAAUGUAUUUUAAUGUGCUGAGUAUUGCCGUUCUGAUGGCUGAUGUGAAUAUUUGCCGAUGUCAUGUUUUGUUUGUCCUCAGGUGUCAUUACAUACGGUUGGACUGACAAUGCAAACACUUACUUUCUAAUUGCAGUUGUUAUUAAUAAUAUUUCAGUAAAUGCUCGAGUAGAUCAGUGCCUAUCAUCUGCAGACCUGCAGUCUGUUCAAUGUGUAUCUUUCAUUGUGUUCUGGUAGUUCAUAAAUUGCCUUAAAUUAUUUUGGAUUUAUUAACAAAUUAAAUGCUGAUAUUUAAAUCACAG